AUGGGAUUUGAUAGUGCCAAAUUCGUGACCAGCGUGGCUGAUGACAAACGAUGCAUCUUGUGUCAGGACGUGUUGGACAACCCCGUGAGAUCUCCUUGUGGGCACGUCUUCUGCUCCAGCUGCAUCCUUCCAUGGAUCGACAGUCGCGGACACUGCCCAAAGAAAUGCCGUAAUUUGACCCCUACUGACCUAGAAAACGUUUUACCUUUGAGGGAAGUGAUUCUGAAUCUGAAA